GUUUGUUAUCGUUUCGACACGUUUGAAUCGAAUGAACAAGAAACGUUUAUAUUAGCGGCCUCGGUAUUCGUUGAUUUUCAUCAACGAGAUGGAUGAAAAAUCCGAGAUUUUGGUUUUAAAUGCCGAAGAUGAGGAGACCUUCCAAAAGUUGUAUUCCGAAGGUCUCAAAUAUAGCAAGCAAUGCUCGGAAGAAAGCAUGCCAGUUCCAAAGUUCUAUACCAAACUCCCUAAUCAUGAAAACAUGAUUAGCCUUAAACUGAGAGAAGAAGCUAGAACAGCAUUCCUUCAGAAGAAGAGCAAAGAACUCCUCGAUAACAAUGAACUGCAGAAUCUCUGGACUUUACUAGACAAAAAUCACAGCCCUCCUGCUGGUUCUGAGCAGAUGAUCAAUUAUAUUGAUUUUCUCAAAGUGGGCAACAUAGCUGGUCCGAAAUAUAAAGCGUUCUUUACACCAGACGUAUUUGCAAGGCUAUUGCAGAAUGAUAUUCAUGGCAGAAUAUCAACCAUGGCAGUGUUCAAUUACAUCAUGAGGAAAGUUUGGUUACAGCAAACUAGAAUUGGUCUUUCAUUAUAUGAUGCCACAGGACAAGGUCUGCUUACUGAAAUGGAUUUAGAGAACUACAUAACUGAACUUAUCCCAACAUUGCCACAGUUAGAAGGGCUUGAAAAGUCAUUCCAUUCGUUUUACGUCUGUACCGCCGUACGCAAGUUCCUCUUCUUCCUAGAUCCAUUAAAGCUAGGCAAAGUCAGGAUACAGGAUAUUCUCGCUUCUGGUUUUCUGGACGAACUUUUAGAGCUACGGGAUGAAGAGCUGCCCAAAGAUGCACAGGAUUCAAACUGGUUUUCUGCGCCCUCCGCUCUGAGAGUCUACGGUCAAUACUUAAAUUUAGAUACCAACAGAAACGGCAUGCUUUGUCAGGAAGAGCUCAGACGAUUCGGAACUGGCACGUUGACGCGAGUUUUCAUUCAACGUGUAUUCGAGGAGUGCAUGACCUAUGAGAAAGAAAUGGAUUAUAAAACGUACUUGGAUUUCGUAUUGGCCAUGGACAAUAAAAAGGAACCACAAGCACUUCAGUAUUUUUUCCGUUUGUUGGACGUCAAUCAUCGAAACCAUCUCAACACUUUUGACCUCCAUUUUUACUUCAAAGGGGUUCAAGAGUUGAUGCAGCAGCACAAACAAGAAGUCGUUGCUUUUGACGACGUGAAUGAUGAGAUUUUCGAUAUGGUGCGUCCUGCCGACCCGUCAAAAAUCACUUUACAAGAUUUGAUCAACUGUGGAUACGGUGAAACUGUGAUCAAUAUCUUGAUUGAUUUGGAUGGAUUUUGGACAUACGAGAACCGUGAAGCUGUUGUCGUAACAGACAAGAAUAACCAAGAGAAACAGGACAUUUGAAUUUGGAAUUCUUGUACAUAGAAAUUGUGAGUGUAUUUUUUUAAAAAAAAGCAAAGAAGUAGCAAGAUCGCGGAAUGGAUUGUAGGUGCGAUCUCAUCACCAUUUCCCUCUUUUGGACCAGUCUUUCGGUGUCCAGUGCAAGCAUUUGGGAUCGAUGUGUAAUUUCCAUUUCUCUUUGUUUUUUAUGCAAUUUUUCAUCGCUUCUUCGUUCAGAAUGAGUACGUACUGCCCCUUGUAGUAAUUGAUGAGGUUCAAAUGCUGUAAGGUGGACACCACGUCCUCUUUUUUAAUGCUCGUCAUUUCGCAAAUUUCGCUAUUUAAAUUAAAACAAAUUCGUUUGUCAA